AGUCGAUUCGCUCCCGCAGCUCACCAUCGCAGCAUUACCUAGUCGAUAACUCCUGCCGAGGGCUGAACUGAGCUGGUGGAAGGGGAGAAAGAAAGAAAAUUAAUUCGACAAAAAAAUCUAACUCAUCGCUUGUCCCCAACAUGGGUUUCCGUCAGAGGAAUUCGGCCCUUCUCCUGGCCUUGCUGGGGCUCGGCAGCGUUCUCGGCGUCCAUGGUAGCUGGUUAUUCGGAGCGAUGGAGGAGCGCGAGGCGGAUAACCGUCGCGCUAUGCAGCCUCGUCAAUUCGUUCAGUGCAGUGCCGGAUCGAGGGCGUGCGGUGUUUUGGGUUGUCUUGCUUCGACUCGGUGCUGCAAUGCUGGUGCUGGAUGUGAGUCUGAACUUGUUUGAUAUUGAAUGCUUGGCCCGAUUCCAUGUCGAGUCGAGUGAUUAUCUACGUACCAUAUUCUGAUCGUUGUCCUCUUGUGUUCUCUGCCAGGGGGUUGUUUGACCGGUAAUGCGUGCUACACUGCCGCUAGCUUUAUCGACUGUUACUCGUAUGUUUUGCCCCCCCCGUCCCGCCUUUACCACUACAGUUUUUUUUUAUACCAGUUCGAACGAACAUGUCUAAUAUACAAGGGCCCGCUUUCCAGGACUACAAUGGUGAUGCCAACAGUCUCAAGAAGAUGUUUUGAUUUCACGCAAACUGGAUGUAGUGCCGGACAACCAUGUUUCACAUGGUACAAUACUCCCCCUCUAUUCAGCACCCGAGACCACUCAUGCUAACACUCCCAACCACCAGCGCCGCAACCGCACCCCUCUGCGCAACCGAAGUCAUCGCUGGUGGCGGCGGAACCUGGCUAGCAUGCUCGUCAACGGCCACGGUCCUGACCAUAACGGCGACCGCAGACACGUUGACGGAGAACACGGCGUCCCAAUCCGCACCGGCCGACGAGACCAACACGCGCUCGGUGGCCAGCCGCAGCAGAACUUCGACCGGCGCCUGGCCCACCAGGACGGGCACGACCAUGUCACCGUAUCCCACCGAAACACCCCCGGAUGACAAAUUGAGCGCCGGCGCCAUCGCAGGUAUCGCUAUCGGAUCCGUGGCUGGAAUAGCCAUCAUCGCAGCGUUGCUCUUCUUCUUCUGCGUGAGGAAGGACAAUCGUGGUCCUAAUGGUGCUGUCCCUGUGCCCCAACAGUAUCCGCCACAACAGCCGUACCAGCAGCCACCGUACAGUCCUCCGCCCCAGCAGCAGCAGUACAUGUCGCAACCGCAGUAUGGUCAGAUGUCCGCGUAUCAAGGGCAGAUGGCACAAAACACCUACGUGCCCGAGGGCCAGGCCAUGGUCCCCCCGAUCGUUUCGCCCGUGUACACUGAGCCGCCGCCGAAGCACCCAGCUACCAUGCCGGUGGAACUGCACUAGUUGAGCUUGUGAUUGAAAUGAAAUGAUGAACGGAGCAUGAGACGCAAGUACAAGAUGGAAGGACGGGUGGAAGGAAGAGAUGGCGUUUCUUAGAGGGAGGUGGGGGGGGGGGGGGAUCAAGUCGCGGGGAUAUCCCCAAUCUAAUCCCGAAACUCUGUCAACAAAACUUGACGAGGAUAAUUUAUUUCGAUUGCCUUUUUUUCCUCUUUUUUUCACUUCACCAUUCACCAUUCACUUUUUUAAAAAAACUUUUCUUUAAAUGUUUUCCUUUUACCUACGCAUGCGCUGUACAUACAUAUUCCCUGAUCUUG